CCGUCACUAUGGUUACGGAAAACAGACAUGGCAGAAGUAGGCUACUUCUGAAUGUUUUGCAUUCGCGACGGUGAGGCCCGCUGAUCCGCAUACUUUAGUCAAACAAACAGGCUGCGCUUUCGUCUUGCUUGAAAGUGACGGACGCUGAUCGCUCACUGAAACGCUGCACAGAGGAAGACAUGAACGAGUCAUCCAGUUUAACAAACUCUAGUUUCUACCUACUCUUCAUGAGAUGCUCAGCUCAAACAGAGUCUUUAGUGAGACCCCAGCUCUGUCGAGGGCUCAGCAGAUGUUAUUUGGAGGAACAUGUGUUUCCUGUGCUGCUGCCCGGACUGGAAGCUUUGCUUACAGAAGCACAGAAGCACCAGUGCUUUGAGAGGAAAAAGACGGCAUUUAAUGGCUGUGACUUCCUCACUGAAUGGCUAUACAAUAAAAACCCUCAAUGGACAGAACGAAUACCUGCAAAUUUUCAUAAGAUUCCUUUUGUCCAGGACUGGUUUCUUAAACAAGGAUGAGUGUAAAAGGCGUUGAAAAAUCUCAGGGACAGAUAUAUAAAGGAGAGAAAAGCCAUGAGGGAGAAGAAGAGUGGUGCAGGGGCAGAACAGAAAACCACAUGGAG